UCGAGCAGACGUGAGUCCUGUUGUCAAAAGAAUAGGUUCUACGACCAAGGUCUGAUUGGAAUACAAAACUACGUGGCAUGUGUGAGAAGCUUUAAGUGGUUUGUUCUUGAGAUUUUCAAUCAUUCCUCUUCAUUGGCGGAAAAAUUACUUUUGAGGCUCAAGAUGAUGACUGGAAAGUGUGCGCCGCACUGAAGAGAUCUAAGACGGAGAUCGACGGUUCUUUGCUCAAGAAUAAAAAUUAUUGACAGGAAAGUAUUGAACACUUGCCGCUCUAAAUUCUCUUCUACGAACAGUUUUACCCGGCUACUCUCGAAGCUGAAUUUUCAAGAGAUUUGAAAUCAAAAGCCAGAUCACGCGUGAUGAGCAUGAGAGGAAACUGGGUGAUCACACAAUUAAUGACGAUUCUUCUCAUCGUCUUAUUGUCAAUGCAUCGCCAGUGUGCUGCCACUACAGAGGUCACUGUGUGCAUUUUUGAGGAAGAGGGUUACAGUAGUUACUGGAGAGAACUGGAAGUCAUGGAAAUGUUAAAGUCUCGGCUAACCCUCCUCGAUGUCAACGUUACUCUACUUCGCAGCGUGAUACCCGACGUUCAGUUCUUGGGAUUCCUGCUAGAUGCAUGCCACCCUUAUUCAACUCGUCCUGCGCUGGGUUGGUGACUUUCGCUAGCUGUCACUGGACUCCGUUCCUGGAGAGCUGGGCUGAUCUACAAAAUAUUGUGAGCGUGGUCAUCACCAAGACCCAGUGUGCUCUCACGUCGAUGAGAAGUCCUAGCACGGCAAGCGAGAAGAAAACUGAACGGAAGUUGUUUCCAGAUUUACUAAGAUACACUGGCUGGAGUCAAGUGGCCAUUUUAAUAGAAUCGGACACUGUAGGUGCGGCAUUGGCCUCGAAGCUGGUUCGGCACCUCUCCGACGUCUUCAUCGGCUCGCUCAUUCUGCGUGUCUUCGACGACCCGACCCUCCCCAACUCCAUGGCCACCCUCCCGGCUGCAGCAGAAGCCGUGAGGAAGAGUCUGCAGACUGUGGCGUCAUCGCCUUUUUACAACAUCUUACUCAUGGCCGGCCUCGACACUGUCAGGCUGGUUCUGCAAGAAGCAGAGGUGAAAGGUCUACUAUCUAGCAACCAUUUCUGGAUCAUUUUUCUGCCUGACGACGGCUGUAUAAGUCCGCUGGAAACAUUUGGAGGCAAUCAAACCAACAUUCUUGUCAUCCAGCCAUUGUCUGCAGACAGACAGUCACGUGACCCCUGCAGCACGGCAUUCGAGACUUGCCCUCGAUCUGACACCAGGCAAACGCAGAUCGAGGAGCUAGCCAUCACGCUUGGAAUCCAGUCAGUGGUGAUGACCAUCUUGAAUGCCACGGCAGACAACGUGCCUAGCGAUUCCACCUGCCACAAGACUUCAAACACUUUUCAGCAUCAGUCACCUCAGACAACCAAGACAGUAGUAGUAGAGGAUCUUCUCGCAGACAUUUUCAGCAGCUUCUCUGACGCAAAAUACUCCAUCUGCAGCACAGAAUCCGAGCAUUCCACUCUGGUUUCCGUGGGUUCUUGGUCAUCGUAUUCUGGACUUCAGACGGCAUCCGAACCACUUUUCCGCAACAUUUUUCGGGACUUUGGCAACAAAAGCCUUCGAAUAGCAACUCGAGAAGCUGAGCCGUUUGUACGCAAGCGCAAGGUGAACGGGACUAUAAUCUUCGAAGGCUUUUGUGUCGACAUCAUACGAGAGCUUGCCACGGUAUUAAAGUUCAGGUGCGAGUUUGUUGAGCCGAAGGAUCAAGAGUGGGGUGCACCUGGAAAGAAUGGAUUGUGGACAGGGGUUAUAGGGAUGGUACUAAGCGGAGAAGCCGAUAUUGGAAUUGGUCCUAUUUCUAUUACAUCCACGAGAGAAAGUGUAAUAGACUUCACCAAGCCCUUCAUGGAGGACGGGCUGGGCAUUCUGACCAAGCGCCCGGACUCCAACGCCCAGAGUAUGUUCAAAAUGUUCACGCCGUUGAAGCCGCUCGUCUGGUGCGCCCUCGUCGCUGCAGUCAUCAUCGCCAGCCUGAGUCUGUACGUCAUCGAGAAGACCAGCCCCUUCUCUUCCAGAAACGUGAAUGGUAACACUCAGCUGGGCCUCCUCGGCAGCUUCUGGCUUAUCUAUGGCUCAUAUGUAGAGCAAGGUGGAGAUCCACACCCUCGCAGUGUCUCAGCCAGGUGUCUCGUGGGGUUUUGGUGGCUUUUCACCAUUCUAAUGAGUUCCACCUACACUGCCAACCUCGCCGCAUUUCUCACCGUCACCAUCGAAGGCAGCCCCGUCAACUCCUUGACCGAACUCGCUGAGUCCUCUGACCUCCGGCCUCUGGUCAAGCAGGGCUCUAACCCCUACACCUUGUUUCAGAAUGCUGACAACCCUGUGUAUAGAGAGGUAUGGUACAAGAUGAGCAACAUGCCAGUGGUGAAGAGCAACCUGGAGGCAGAGAGGUAUGUGCUGCACCAGCACUAUGCCUUCAUCACAGACGCCAGUCAACUGGAGUACAUCAUGCUCGAGAACUGCAGCUCGUAUGCCCUCGCCAAGGAGAUCUUCAACACCGGAGGUUUCGGAUUUGUCCUGCCUGAAAAGGCCCCGUAUCUAGACGUAGUUAAUUAUAAUAUCAUGAAGAUGCAGGAAGCUGGGUUGAUUGACAAGUGGAAGCAGAUAUGGUGGUCUAGCGCUGAUUCUUGUGACACCAACAGCCGAACUAGUGAUGCCAAGGAGCUUGACCUUCAGUCGCUGUCCGGAAUCUUCUGCAUUUUCCUGGGCGUCGCUCUGGUGGCCGUCCUGAUCAAAGUGCUGGAAAUUGCUUUCGCCAAGCCUAAGUUUUCACUGCUUUGGAACCAUAUGAAGUUUAUGAUCUUUAAGCCGUCGCCAGAAGACACCAGGAGCACUACCGCACGAGGAAGGAAAAGCUGGGUGGAGCCAGAGAUUGGGCGAAAACUUAGCGACACCAUUGACAAAUGUGACAGCGCGGAAACCGAGACUAGACCAGCUCACGAAAACGGCAGACACAUGAAACUGAACAAAGUUGGCGACACAAAAGCAGCCAAGGGUCAUGUAAACAACUGUCUUCAUGUGGAACUGAUAUGAAUGUUGCCAUGGUGACAGUAGAGGUCCAAUGACAAAACAAAAAUAUUGCUUUAAGACAAGAAACUAGCUUAUUUUUGUGCCAAAAUUUGUAACUAACGCCAAAUAAAUUUGCCUGCUCUUGUUACAACGCAAAUCUAUUAAUGUGGCUUUAAUGCGGUUAUUUUAGCCUUCCGUGUUCAUAAAAUAAAUGUCAUUUUCGCAUACAUGCAUGGUUUUGAGCUCCUUGGUCGGGAAUCACAGCAACGUCCUCAGGCACGUGUUCUUUAAUGCCUGGAUUAUCCUCUAUAUCGGCAAGCAGAGUCUACUCAAAUCCGUACAGCAGGAGGGAGGCCACGAAGGACUUGUACGGGGUGUAUGGGGUAACAAAACUCUCGCUGUUACGUUGUCAAAGGCUUCCAGCCUGGCCUGGUCAUUGCUGGUUGCUGUUGGGACCCUGAUACGGAUGUCUGCUUGCAGUUGUCGUCUUUAGAAGGGGAGUCCCCCAAGUACUAUCAGCUGUUCCCCUCCAAAAGUUGUGCUCCUUUUAUGUAGACCUUUGCGUUGCCGUUGGCGUUUGUGUUAGUCAUGACUUUGCACUUGUCAAUGCUGCUGUCCGUACCAUGUGCAUUCUAUUUGUCAAUCUGCUAGGAAGGUUUUGCAAGAGAUUUUUGACGGACGUCAGUCAGUCAGUCGUCCCAUGACCAGCACCUGUCGUUGGGAGAUCACAUGGAUAGACGCGGCAGCUGACAGGGCCCGCCACACUUAUCUAUUGUAGGUGAUAGUCAGCAGGUCCUGUACAGGAUGAACUGUUCUUCUAGCAACUUCUCUGCGGGGGUUUUGAUGGGGUUUUGUAUGAUCUUCAGCACGACCUUGCUUGGGUUGCUGAUAAAGUUUAUGGUUCUGUAGUUCUGGCACUGUUGUUUCCUUUUUUUUUUUUUUUUGGGGGGGGGAGGGGUAUGUUUCAUUCCUUUCUUGAUGGCACAGUUGACUUCUUUAAUCUUGUAAUUGCUUCGGUUUUCGUGUCUAUCUUCAAGGCCCUCCUUUAAUCACAGAGAUCUAGAAUGUCAUCUGUGACCCAUGGAUGUUUCUUAUUCCUAUGUUGCUCUAGAACUUUCUGGGCUGUUGACAUUACCACCUCUUUGAUGUUUCCCGCGAGGGUGUUAGGUUAGACUGUACUUCAUGUAUCACUUUUCGACAAGAAGAUUGACAUGUAAAUAAUGUCUGUGUCCUACUGUUUGCUGUGCUUCAAUGCUCAUUACUUAAUUUUUCAUCAUGCUUAAAAGAUAGCAAUAAAAAUUUACCU